AUGUUCUGCUCAGCUCAGAAAGGGUCCUGCUCCUCCCGAGUCUCCUCCUCCGGGGCCGUGGGCAGCAGGGGCUGCACUGGCAGUGGGAGCAGCUAUGGGCUGGGGGGAGGCUCUGCCUGGGGCUUCCAGGGGAGCAGCAGCAGCUGGGGCCUGAGUGGGGGGUCUAAGGGUAGCAUUGGAGGGGGCUUCGGAAGCUGCUCAGUAAGGGGUGGAUUCGGAGCAGCCUCCAGCUUUGGUGGAGGUUCUGGCUUUGGCGGGGGCUCCUGCGGAGGCGUCUCUAGCUAUGGGGGUAGUCUAGGGGGUGGUCUCGGUGGUAUCGGUGGCUAUGAUGGGGGCCUUCUCUCUGGAAGUGAGAAGCAAACCAUGCAGGACCUCAAUGACCGUCUGGCCAACUACCUAGACAAGGUCCGAGCCCUGGAGGAAGCCAACACUGAUCUGGAGACUAAAAUCAAGGACUGGUACUGCAGGCAUGGAUCUGGAAAAGAUGGGCCCAGAAGAGACUACAGCCAAUACUGCUCAGUCAUCGAAGAUCUGAAGAACCAGAUCAUUUCAGCCACCUGUGAAAAUGCCAAGCUGGCUCUGCAGAUUGACAACGCUAGGCUGGCCGCCGAUGACUUCCGAAUGAAGUAUGAGCAUGAACUAUGCCUUCGACAGUCCUUGGAGGCCGACAUCAAUGGCCUGCGGAAAGUGCUGGACGAAAUGACCAUGACUCGCUGUGACCUGGAGAUGCAGAUCGAGGGUCUGACUGAGGAACUGGUCUUCCUGAGGAAGAACCAUGAGGAGGAAAUGAAGUGCCUGCAAGGAAGCUCUGGAGGGGACGUGACAGUAGAAAUGAAUGCUGCCCCAGGAGCCGACCUGACGAAACUACUGAAUGAUAUGAGGGCUCAGUAUGAGGCGAUGGCCGAGCAGAACCGCCAGGAAGCUGAAAAACAGUUCAACGAGCGGAGCGCAUGCCUGCAAGCCCAAAUCUCUACAGAUGCAGGGGCAGCCAAUUGCGCCAAGAGUGAGGUCAUGGAGCUGAGGCGCACAGUGCAGACCCUGGAAAUCGAGCUUCAGUCUCAGCUGGCCCUGAAAUGCUCUCUGGAAGGGACCCUGGCUGACACAGAAGCUCGCUAUGUAGCUCAACUGUCUGGAAUCCAGACGCAGAUUAGCAGCCUGGAGGAGCAGCUCAGCCAGAUUCGGGGCGAGACACAAUGCCAGAGUGCAGAGUACGAAUGCCUGCUGGACAUCAAGACCCGCCUGGAGCAGGAGAUUGAGACCUACCGUCGCCUGCUCAACGGAGAUGGGGGUGGAUGUGACUAUAGGAACUUAGUAUCCAGGCAGGUGGUACUGAAUGACUCAAACUUCGGAAGCUGUUCUGGACAAGAAAAAGAUCCCAGCAAGACGAGGGUAACGAAGACCAUCAUAGAGGAGGUGGUAGAUGGUAAAGUUGUCUCAUCUCAAGUCAGCAACAUUUCUGAAGUGAAAAUAAAAUAA